AUAUAAAUAACCACGGGCCUGGGCCUGUCAUUUAUGGGCUUUUCAUGGCCCAGGCCCAGUUUUCUUAAAACAAGAUACUAUUACUAUCGUAUCCCUUACUGGUUCAGUUUUAUUGAUACAACAAUGGCAAUAGCAUUGGCACCAAUUCACCUGCGACCAAGAUUCAUUGCGUAUUUGAGCAAUUCUAUUGCAAAUAACACUUCUUCCAGAAUCUUCCAUUUCCGUUAUAACACUACUUCUAGAAUCUUUGCUUUUCGUUAUAACAGUAACACCCCUUCUCUUCAAUUUCCUCUUCCACGUUCACUUUCGGUUAUGGCGAGUUCUCAAGAUUCAUCUUCAACCAAAACGGAGAGGGUGGUGAUAAAGGGGAGGGUGCAAGGAGUAUGGUAUAGAAACUGGACAGUGGAAAAUGCUAGGGAAUUAGGGCUAAAAGGAUGGGUUCGGAACCGGAGGGAUGGGGCUGUGGAGGCUCUGUUCUCUGGUAGCGUCGAAGCAGUGCAGGAAAUGGAGCGGAGGUGUCGUCGUGGUCCACCUGAUGCUGCUGUUACUGGGCUUGAGGUUUUUCCAUGUGGUGAUGAUGAUGAUCCUGGUACUGGUUUCCAACGCAAGCCAACUGUUUGAUUUUAUUCUUUCAAUCAUGCCACGCAAUAAUUGUAAGUUGUAACUAUCUUGUAGCGGAUAGUUGAUAAGGUAGUUGAUAUCGAAUAAGUUAGUGGAUUGAAUUUGUUGUAUUUACUAAAAUCAGUGGUUCAAGUAUAAAAUGAUAUGAAAAUAUGCUUUUAAAUAAUAUUUGAUUUAUUUCAAUAUAGUGUA